GACGCGAACCCAGGAUCAACGUUCCCGUGCCGUCGCAACACGGGGGUAUAUAAGUGACGGUGUAGGAGUCACCGUAACAGCCAGUAGCCAAGAGGGGAGGAUUCACUACCAGCCAAAAUGUUGAGAGUCCCACUUUUGGUUCUCUGCCUAGCUCUCAGCGUGGGUGCAGACUAUUACGGCUACGGCUGGGGUCGCAAUGGAGGAGGUGGAGGAGGAGGUGGUGGUGGUGGAUCCGGUAGCGCCAGUGCCUCCGCUUCCGCCUCUGCAAGUGCUCGGGCAAACAGUAUCAAUAACCUCGCUGGACGGCUGUCAUCUCUAGUUGAUGCCAGUGCAAGUGCUCGUGCCAGCGCCAAUGCUAAUGCAAGAGGCUUUGGUGGUUCUGGAGGUUCUGGAGGUGGUGGAUCAGGAGGAAACGGUGGAUCUGGAGGAAGUGGGUUCGGAGGUGCCAGUGCAAGCGCAAGCGCCCAAGCGCUUGCAUCAGCCACUGCCGAACUUCAGUCGGCUCAGGAUGCUUACGAUCAAGCCAGUGCUUAUGCUGAGGCCACAGCUCAGGCUGCUGCAAAUGGAGGAAGCCUUGAUUCCAGCGCCCUUGCUACUGCCAUUGCCAGUGCCGAAGCUUCUGUUUCUGCUCGUGGAGGUUCCAUCAUUGCCAGGGCACGUGCACGAGCAGAGGCCUCCGUUAGAGCAGCUCGAAGGUCUUUCGCAAAUGCUCGAGCCAGUGCUGAAGCAUCUGUCUCAGCGGUGCGUUCAUCUGAGGGAAGAGCAAGAUCUUUCGCUUCAGCUGUUGCAAGGGCACGUGCUUCUGCAAGAGCAGCCAUUGCGGGAGUAAGAUCAUCUGGACGUGCUGUUGCUUCUGCUACAGCUAGAGCAAGGGCUUCAGUCUCAGCAGCCGGAAGAGCAGUUGCAAGCGCUCGCGCUCAGGCUGUCGCCCGUGCUCGUGCCAGUGCCCGUGCUUCAGCUUCUGCAAGUGCAAGAGCCUCAGCUUCCGCCGCAGCUAGCGCGCGUGCUUCAGCCUAUGCUCGUGUACAGGUAGCUGCUGCAGCUGCUGCUAGGGCUGCUGCCUCUGCUGCUGCGAGCGCGAGCGCCAGUUCAAGCGCCAGUGGAUCCAGUUUCGGCUCUGGUGGUGCUGGUGGGUCUGGUAAUGGUGGAUUCGGUAGUUUUGGGGCCUCAGCUAAUGCUGUUGCCAAUGCUUUCGCACAAGCUUUCGGAAGUUCAAGCGGCGGUGGUUCAGGAGGUGGCGGAAGUGGAAAUGGAAAUGGAGGAAGCGGAAAUGGUGGCAGUGGAGGAAGUGGAAAUGGUGGCAGUGGCGGCAGUGGAGGAAGAGGAGGAAGAUACUACUACGGUUCCAGUGAUUACUAUUAUUAACUCUCAUCUGUGCGUCACCUGUCCUCACUUUACUCAAAUAAAUUCUUGAAUUUGUA